CGGACGCGCGCACACAGAGGGCUGUGCUCCGCGGCUCGGCUCCACCUCGCUCUGCGGGCGCGUGAAGAGGAUCCAGCCCGUCAUUUCAAGGUUAUCUCCUGCAGGAGCCUCUCUUCUUCGGAUCCUAUGGGAAUUCUGGUAGCCGCGAUCUUUCUCUGGGCUGCCGUCGGAGUGGGAAGCCGGCCAGUGACCUCACCCCUUAAUGAUGCAAAGGUUGAAUGUAUUAUUCAGGAGACACUGAAUGAGGAUGGGUCGCAACACGAAUGUGGCCCAAAACUAGAAGAGGAACUCAAUGAAGUGCAAAGACACCAGGGUCUUCUCAGGGAGCUGCAGAGGCUAGCUGAAGAUGAGAGAGAAAAGGAGCACGACACUCAGAGGGAGCGAUACGAGUACAAUCUGGCCGAUGACGAGAGCGACUUCGAGCAGCAGGACGAGGAGGCAAAAGACGAGAGCGACGGCGUGGCGGAAACAGAGGGAAAGACAGAAGAGAAGUCAGAGGAUGACGACACCAAGGAGAAGAUCAUGGAGGAGCCGCGGAUUGAAGACAGAGGGAGGGAUGACGAGGAGGAAAGAGCCAAGGAGCUGGAGGAGCUGCUGGCUGCAGAGAUCACCAAGAAAGGAAACGAAGAGAAGAACGACGAGGAGCUGAAAGAGCUGCUGAAGGAGCUGAAAAAGAAACGCUACGAGGCGGUGAAGGAGAGGGAGACGCAGAAGGGCUCGGAGCAGAAGGAGGCGGAUGGAAAGAAGCCGCAGCAGGACAAAGAGAAGGAAGGAGGGGUGGCGGAGGAUGCAGAGAAGCAGAGGAUGGAGGAGCGGAGGAAGAGCGAGGUGGAGCUGAUGGUGGAGAAGGAGAAGGUGGAGAAGGAGCUGAAGGAGCUGCUCAAAGAGCAGGACAGCAAGAGCAAGCCGGAGCAGGAGAGGGAGAGGAAGGAGAAGCAGGAGGAGCUGGACGAACUGGUCAGGAAGAUGAAACGGGUGCAGGAGGAGGAGGAGGAGCAGGAGGAGGAGGUGCCGGGUGAGAAGGAGGAGGCUGCUGCAGGAGGAAACGAGGAUCAGAAGAAAAACGAGGGUGAAGAAGAGAAGGAGCCCGGCGAGAAAGAGGAGAAUGAAGUCCAAAAGAAGGAGGGAGCGGCCGAGGAGGUGAAGGAGCCGCAGCAGAAGAGAAUGAUGGAGAAGGCCAGCGACGAGGCCACGCGACAGUUUGAACGCGAGAGAUUUAAGGAGGAGGAAGAGGAGCAAGAGGAGGGAAACGGAGAGGAUGAGGAGGAUGAGGAGGAUGAGGACGAGUACGUCAGAGAGGAUGAGGAUGGACAAGACGGGGAGGAAGACCAAGUCAACGAAGAGGACGAUGCAGAAGAAGAUGAAGGGGAGGAGCUGCUGGAGAUUGAAGCUGAGCUACGCAAAGUCGCUGCAGAGCUGAGGGAGCUUCGCCGAGGAUGAGACACACACACACACACACACACACACACACACACACACACACACACACACAGACACACACACUGCAGACUGACAGAUACCCUUUGUUGCAUUCACACUCACACAUUCCCCAUUUAAACGCCUUGGAGUCCCUGCAGCACUCAGAGGAAAAUGUCUUUAGAUGUGAAUCUGUAAAUGGACAUAAGUAGAAGUCGUACAUGCCGUUGUGUCAUUUCUACUUUCAGACUUUCCCGGGUGAAGCUGUCACUGUUUCGUUGCGAGCGUGCACUUUAGCGCCGAGAAAAAAGAGGCAGAGUUUUCCCGGGGGGGGUUCUCAAAGUUUGCGUCCAUCGCCGUCUCAGUACCUAUGAAACAUGUUUGUGAGGUGGACAGGUGAUUUCACUGCAGCUGUAAAGGGAUGCAGAGCAUUCAGCACUUGCAUUGAAAUUCCCCUACUAUCCUACCAGUUAAUAUCUGUAAUUGAAUAUAUAUUUUGUGCAAUAACUGAUAGCCACUACAAGUGUAAGCUGUUCCUGCUGUUCCGACUGUUAAUAACAUGUUCUACUGAUCUUUCUACACAGGAGUAAGUCGAUAUCUGCUCUUCAUUUCUUUGAUGAGAAAAAAAAAAAAGUAGAGAUGAGGAUUGUGUUUCAUUUGGCUCACGCACUGUUAAAACCAGACUGUUUGUAAAUGAACCGGGGUGGCACAAGCAACACGCUGUUCAAUCCGCGCACCGACGCGCGCGUCAGGUGUCAACUUUGUCUUUUUCACGUGGUGGCGGCAGGAUGCGAUGCGCUUAGAGCUUAUAAGGUCUAAAAGUGUCACCUCAGGUUCUCAGCCAGCUUUGCACUCUUAUCUUAACAAGCCAAGGAGGAGGAGAUGAAGGGGAGGAGGAGGAGGAGGAGGAGGAGGGAGACACUAAAGCCAUUUUGUCGUCUUUUGGUGACAAGAACAUUGAUAAAUGCCCGGUAGUGUUGCAUCACAGUUUCCAUGGCUGUCAUUUCAUUUGUGUACAUACUGUAUGAGAUAUGUGGUCUGUAAGCCAAGGUCAUAGAGAAAAACAACGCAACAGCGCCCCCAGGAGGACACUGGAGAGCAGGUUUAACAGGGUUACUGCUGGAGGCCCAUUUUACUGCAAUAAGACGACAUAGAAUACAGCACACGUGAAUGCAAUAAUUAGCCAAGUAAUAAAUUAUGUAAGGUAUUUUAAUAUGUAGUCAAAGUGCAUCAUAUAGUACUCAUAUUACAAAUAUAAUCUCUCCUUUUUCUACACAUUCAGGAUUUAGCGUACAUUUAUGUGAUCUACACACAAAGUGGCUGGUCGGCUUGUGUAAACACAACAAUAACACACAUUAUCAGUCAACACCUAUCAGCGUAUUAAUGUCUAUUCCAAAGAGCAGAUGUUUGUUCACUGAAGAAUAACUGAAAAAUGAAUGUAUUGGUUGUUUUUUUUUCUUUUUCCUUUUUCUAUAGAAGUGCAAAAUGUUUCCACAAAAUGCAAAACAUACCGUACAAACCAGCAAGAAAGAAAUGUCUGCAGAGGGAGGUGGGGGUGAGCGGGGACAUGUUUGGGCAAAGAGGACAUUUCGAAUAGGAAAAAAAAUAAAAAUAAAACAUCAUUUGUAAUAUUACUGGCCAAUCAGAGUGCUGUAUUUUGUGCCUGCUGUAUCUUCUUCUACGCUACCUGUCGAUCAAUAAACAGAAAGUGUAUCAAA